AGGAGAAGCAGGAGGAGAAAAAAGAAGGGCAGGAGAAGAAAGACGGCGAAAGCUCUACUGCUACCACAACCGAGGCACCGUCGGAACCGAAGGUUAGCAUUGAUGACGAUGAGGUUGAAGAUGCUGGCGAGGAACGUUUCUUGGUCAAGUGGAAGACGCUGUCGUAUCUCCAUACCAGCUGGCAAACAGAAGACGAGCUGCUGGAGACAGACAAGAACGCGAAGGGUAAAAUCCAACGCUUCCGCGAGAAAGAACUCCGUUCUUUGUACUCUCCGGAUGUACAAGGAGACGAGUAUUUCAACCCGGAAUUUCGAAGCGUCGAUCGCAUUCUAGAAAUUCGAGACAAGCCUCUCGAUGACUUUGCUCCUGAUGAUACUGUGGACGGUGAGAGCAAUUUCCUGUAUUUCCUGGUGAAGUGGAAGGCUCUUCCCUAUGAUGAGAUCACGUGGGAGCGGGAAGAUGACGUCGGCGAUGACGCAGCUGUGCAGCAAUAUAACGAUCGUAUUAUGAGAGCUGGGAAGCGUUUCAAGAAGAUUGCCCUCGCCAAACACUUGCCGCAGAGUAAGCGCAAGAACUUUAGAGGGUAUACCGCUGAGUCCCCUCCGCCGUGCAAAAAGGAGCAAACCUUCCAACUGCGUGACUAUCAGCUCACUGGCGUGAACUGGAUGCUUUUCAACUGGUACCAGAAACGUAACUCGAUGCUCGCAGAUGAAAUGGGUCUAGGUAAAACCGUGCAAACGGUGAUGUACAUCAACCAUCUCGCAGUUGUAGAGCGCUCACCGCAGCCGUUCAUCAUCGUCGCGCCACUUUCGACGUUGGGUCACUGGCAGCGCGAGUUCGACAGCUGGACCAAUCUCAAUGCCGUCGUUUAUCAUGGAUCUGCUGCAGCACGAAAUGUUUUGCAGAAUUACGAGUUUUUCAUGUCGGAGGACGAGCUAUUGCGUGCUGAUGAGCUGACUGGGAAGAACGUCAUUAAUGGAAAACGAACUGUACCGCAACCCAAGCGCAACUGCUACCGCUUUGACGUGCUGAUUACCACGUAUGAGAUGGCUUCUGCUACGGAUUUGUACAAGUUGGCUCAGAUCAACUGGCAGCUGAUGGUUGUGGACGAGGCGCAUCGUCUCAAGAACCGGAAUUCCAAGCUGUCUAACAUCCUGCACACUAGGUUUACGUAUGAGAGCAUGCUAUUGCUGACUGGUACGCCGCUGCAGAACAAUGUGGAGGAACUUUGGGUGCUGUUGAAUUUUCUGGACACCAAGAAGUUUGCUUCGAAGGAGAGUUUUCUCGAGAGCUUUGGAGAGCUGACCGAUUCUGCACAGGUCGAACGCUUGCACUCGGAGUUAAAGCCGUACUUGCUUCGACGAAUGAAGGAGGAUGUGGAGAAGUCGCUUGCUCCGAAGGAGGAAACGAUUAUCGAAGUGGAGCUCACUGUGCUUCAAAAGCAAUACUACCGUGCUAUCUACGAGAAGAAUACAGAGUUUCUUUCGAGAGGCGGCAGGAAGGGCGACACUCCCAGUUUAAUGAAUGUUCUGAUGGAGCUCCGAAAGUGCUGCAACCAUCCUUUCCUCGUAAAAGGUGUGGAAGAGCGCGAGGUCAAGCGAUUGGCGAAGCAACCAAAUGUGUCCAAAGAAGAGAUUCAACGCCAAAUCAGUGAGAGCCUUGUGGACACUUCGGGCAAGUUGGUUCUGCUGGACAAGUUGCUGCCGCGUCUGAAGGAGACUGGCCAUCGCGUUCUGAUCUUCUCACAGUUCAAAAUCAUGCUGGACAUCAUUCAGGAUUAUCUGGCGCUGCGUCGCUACAACUGUGAGCGUAUCGACGGCAAUAUCACGGGCAACGAGAGACAGUCAGCGAUCGAUCGAUUCUGUCGUGAGGACAGUAAUUCGUUCAUCAUGCUGCUAAGUACACGUGCUGGUGGUGUGGGUAUUAACCUGACAGCGGCUGAUACUGUAAUUAUUUACGAUAGCGACUGGAAUCCGCAGAACGAUCUUCAGGCGCAAGCGCGUUGUCAUCGUAUUGGUCAGAAGAAGAGCGUCAAGAUUUAUCGUCUGCUCACAGCGAAAACGUACGAGUUGCACAUGUUCCACAAGGCGUCAUUGAAGCUCGGACUGGAUCAAGCAGUGCUAGGAGGAAUAAAAAAUGACGACCCUGUAGCGAAGCUGAAGGGCACGGCGAAGAAGACCAAGACCAACGAUCGAAUGUCCAAGGAGGAGAUUGAGAACUUGCUCAAGCAUGGCGCGUACGAAAUGUUCAAGGAGCAGGAUAGUGAAGCUGAAGCGGCCAGCAAGAAAUUCGGUGAGGAGAGCAUCGAUCAAAUUCUCAGCCGAAGUACAACGAUCGUGCACGACCCGACUCGAGAUGUCAAUGGAAACGAGAAGAAGAACGCCAUGUCUUCGUUCUCAAAGGCGACUUUCGUGAGCUCGACGAAUCCAGACGAGGAGGUAGACAUUGACGAUCCCAAUUUCUGGACGAAGGUCAUUGGUCUCAAUGGAGUCGAGGAACAGAAGAAAGUGGAGCCUUCACCUCUGCAAAAGAGACGCUGUCGUCGCAAAGUCAAGUCGUAUUUAACUGAAGACGAUAAGGCUUUCAUGAUGGAUAGCGGAGAUGAAGCUUCGUCGGCGCAAAAGAAAUUAUUCCGGGAACUUGGUCGUCAAAAAGACGAAGAAUUUGUCAUCUCUGAUGACGACGACGAUGAUGAUGAUUCGAGCGACAUAGCGUUGGCUAAGGACGAUUUGUCUGGCAUAGCUUCCAAUGGGAAACGGAAGCGUUCGAAGACACCAGCGCUGCCGAUCCACUACCAAGUUGAUCGCAUAUCUGAACUUCUUGGAACUUUCGGAUACGGACGAUGGGAUGACAUGAAGCGUCAUGCUCCGAGGUUGCAACCGUAUUCAGACAAGGAGUUGAUCAAGUUCGUUCAAGACUAUAUCACUGGCAUGGUGCGCGUGACGACAGCGAUGGCAGCCUUCCCGCGUAUUGGACUGGAUCUGGAGCCUAGUCGAGUGUAUAUCGUGUCAACAACAGCCCCUCCGCAAGUUCUGGCGAAUGCGUCACCUAUUGAGAGAUAUGCUCAUGAACUGAACAGCUCACUCCGUCGCUACCGCUUCCUUACGCCUAUGCUGAAGGAUAUGAGGGUUGCGAAUCUGCUGGCUGUGGCAGUACCACCACGACUGUGGACUACGGACUUUAAGAGUCGAGAAGCGCGUGGGUUCCGCACGAAGUUGCAACAGAUCGACACGAUGUUCAAGCUUAGCGAGUUUGUGCGACUCAAGUUUGUGCAAGUGCCUCCUCUUGUCAGUUUGAUCAAGGACCUUCAAAAGAUUGGAGACGAAGCUGAGGCUCAUAGAAUGAUUGAGUCCGGCACAGUUCCUGAACCUGCUGAUGUGGGUUUUGUCGAGGAGAUAGAGAAAUCUGCAGCUGUCGAAGAGAAGCCUAAAGAGGCUGCAGAGGAUCGUUCUGAACAGGUGAUCGCAGCAGAAAGUAGUGAAAAUAAGGACACGAGCAAGGGCGAGGUAGAUUCUGCGGCUACAGACACCAAGGACGUGAACAAGGACGAGGAAGGUUCUGGUGCGACAGACCGAAGUCUGGAAGAGAAGCCCGCUGCUGCAGAAACAAGUGAGGCGGUGACCAAGUCGGAGGGUAAGAAAUCUUCUCCAGCAGAACCUGACGAGUCCAAGUCUUCGCCAAGUGCUGCUAGCGAAGAGGAUACAGCUGCGACACCGUCUGCGGCUAAACCUACCUCCUCGUCGGAUAGCGGUACUGCAGCCUCUGUAUCGGAUGUCACCAGCAAUAAGGACGACACGGAAGCGAUGGAUUCGCCACCUUCAAGCGGCGAAAUGGAUGACAAAAGCGCUGCUGCUGCGAAUAGUGAGCGUAAAUCAUCUUCAGAUAAAGCCGAGGAUGAGACGAAGGACGAUUCUUCUUCUGGUGGUGCUCAAUCGGAAGCACUGAAAACGCAACAGGAUGCCACGAAGGAGAAGACUGACGCAGCUGCCGCAAAGGACAAGAUUGAGCGCAAGCAGGCAAUGAAGAUCCUCCGAUCGCUAGCAUCUGUCAACUCUCAUGAGCCAGUAGCCCCGUGGUGGAUUUCUCGUGUGGACGACGUUAUGCUCCUAUUGUACGUGUAUCGCGAGGGAUGGAUCAAGGGACGAACUCUUCCAAGCCGAAUGGUGGAUUCGACGACAAUAUUUGGAGAGCGCGCGAAGCGAUACCCGAUCGGCGAGUGGCCUUCUCUAGCGAUUCUCAAUCGACGUAUAAAGGUACUGCUACACUUGUGGACUGCCGUGAAGGCAACUCCUGUUCCAACUCCACCGACAUGGAUCGCUACAGCGUUGAAUGUUACGGCUGCAAAGUAUCAGCGGCAACACGAAAAGCAGCAGCAACUGCUACGUGAACGCGAGCUGCAGCGUGCGCAACAAUCGCGUCAGCACGCAAGCACAUCAUUCCACAGCUUACGUCACAAUCAGUUCGCGAAGCUCGUCUUCUCGUACGGUAUUCCGGAUAUCAGUACGUGUCGAGACAAGCGCGAACGCAACGAGAAAUGGCGCUACUUUUUGCAGGAUAGCCAGCUGGAAAUUGGGCGCUAUCCGUUGGAGGAACUACUCGCUGAAGCGCUAGACUUGGAGCGCGUGUGUCGUCAGCGACUUCAUCCCGUCGUUGAUGGGAUGAGUAACAGUGAGCUCAGCGAAGAGAACUCGAUUUUGGGCGGCAAACGAGGCUUUUGGCUGCUUACAACCACACAGUGUCGACGCUUGUUGCACCGUGUGGACCUGUUCCGCCUGCUGCGGACGCAGAUCCUUGUUCUGCCACCCGCUCAGCUUGUGGAGGUGGUUACUCGUGUAGUCAGGGCUCAGUCGGGGUCUACAGAGUAUCCCGUGUGGUGGAGUAGUCCAAGACACGACAUUCUGCUGCUACAAGGUGUUGAGUGUUACGGACUGGACGAGCACUUGGCCUCAGUUUGGAAACUGCCGCUGUUCAGCUCGGCGAACAAGACGAGUUCGUUCCCUAGCUCCAGCUGGGUGGAAAAUUACGUGACGGCGCUCGCUCUUGCUUGUCGUAACUUGAUCGUCAAGGCUCGCACGUAUCGGAAUGAUGGAUACGUUGACUUGAGCAAUGACGACGCAAAGGAGGCUCCCGUUGAUAUCAAGCAUAGGUCACGAUCUGGUGGGAACUUGGAAGGAGAAACUAGACGACGCAUUCGGGAUAUUCGUGGCAUGCGAGAAGAAGACCCGCACUUUGUUCCGUCAGUGCGUCUGCGGCAGAUUAUCGAGAAACAACAACUGGAAAAGGAUGGAGAGUCCACCUCGGUCAAGUCUAAUGCGCAACGGGUAGAGUUGACACCAGCCGAGGAGACGACGCUGAUGCAGCUGGAGGAUCCGUAUUUUUCCCCACGCGUGCGAGCGGUCUGGGCGGAGCAGAUUAAGCGGGACGAGAUUGAGGCUGCAACGAAACGCUCAAGUGUUGAAAGCAACCGUGAGAAGGAGACAAAAAAGGCAACGAACAGCAAUGAUGAAGAGGAGAACCCCUCAGAUGAUGCCGAUGUGAUCGACCUCGAGAACGACGAUGGUGAUGACAGCGAGGAAGAGGAAAAGAGUGCGCGACCAGCUUCGUCUUCGAGGCUUAAGAUUACGAGAUCAGUGCGACGUCCUGUUGCUGCCGCCGCGAAAAUUAAGCGAGAGAACUCCAAACCGACCAAAGUCAAAGGUGCAGUUGAAGCUGAGGACGAACAGCCUGCUGCACACGCGUGGGACGUGAUCGUGAUUGACUCCUCUGAUGACUCCGAUUAGAUUUAAGCAAUUCGAAUUCAGUGUGUAGGAGGACAUCUACCUCCCGUCAUGCGUAACAGGUCGACCAAUGCCUUUGUCACGUUUGUACGCAAGGAAAAUGAAUUGAAAAGGUGUUGGCGGUAUCGUCUCUUUCGUUCCAUGGUAAACUCAAGUUGCAGAUGACCACAGGUCGUUAUGACUGACUCAGUCACUUUUAGUACCUUCGAAUAUUUUUUAAGAAUAAAACAGGGUAUUAGAUGCGAUCUUGACGUCAGACAACGAACCAGAGCCGCAGCAAGUUCACGAACUAUCGGGGAUCUGGGGAUUUUAGUUCCUCGAUUUAGCUGGAUCUUUGGAAGUCGAUUGUCAGAAUUUACUCGGUAGAUAAGUGGUCGGAAACGACGUUAGUUGCGGAUCGAACAUCUAUGCACUUGUAUCUGCUGAUCAAAUUGCGCACGUGGAUUGACUCAACAAACAUUGUCGGGAAAUUCACCUUCAAGUGGAGGAGCAACGCUGAGGCUGCAUCGCCACGGAUCCUGAAGAAGGAUCUACACCGGACAUUCCCCAAGGCGUGAUGGCACAGCGCAAUUCCAGCACGUUGGCCGUUGAUUAAAGUAGCCUUAUUGGAUAGUUGUUGGCAAAGUUCAGCUGAUUUCGACUUCGCAACCUUCGAAGUAGAUGUAUCGCCAGAAAUCCCGCUUGUUCGAUACCAAGAGAGUCCUUUUGGCGAGGGUCGUACCC